GGCUUUUAUGCUGUUUGAGUUGGAGCAUCAUCCACAGUGAGAGAGAAGAAAGGUCCGUGUGUAGUAGCAUCGUCCACAGUGAAAGAGGAGCGAGGUGUGUGUGUGUGUAGCAUCAGAGGGACAGGAGCCUGUGCCGUACCCCAGAGGACCAUGACCCGCAAGUGUGCCCUCAAGCAUGGCAUCUUCAAGGAGUUCCUGGCCGAGCUGCUGGGCACGUUCGUGCUGGUGUUGUUUGGCUGUGGUUCCGUGGCCCAGACGGUUCUAAGCAGGAACACGCUAGGGGAGAGCCUCACCAUCCACAUCGGCUUCACCACUGGCCUCAUCAUGGGGGUGUACGUGUCUGGAGGAGUAUCAGGAGGCCAUUUAAACCCAGCGGUGUCCUUGGCGAUGGUUCUACUGGGGAAGCUGAAGUUCUAUAAGUUCCCCAUCUACGUUCUGGCCCAGUUCAUCGGAGCCUUCGCUGGCGCCGCCGCUGUCUUUGGUCUCUACUACGACGCCUUCAUGGACUUCACGAGUGGGAUCCUGUCGGUGACGGGCAUCAACGCCACGGCUCACAUCUUCGCCUCCUAUCCAGGAAGACACCUGUCCAUCCUCAACGGCAUCAUCGAUCAGGUGGUGGGGACGGGUAUGCUGGUGUUGUGCAUCUUGGCGAUCACAGAUGGGAAGAACAUCGGGGCACCCCAUGGUGUGGAGCCGCUGGCCGUGGGCUUGGCCCUGCUGGCCAUCAGUGUGUCCAUGGGCAUGAACUGUGGCUACCCCAUCAACCCCGCCCGCGACCUGGGACCACGCCUCUUCACCUUUGUGGCCGGAUGGGGCUUGGAGGUGUUCAGCACUGCAGAUUACUGGUGGUGGAUCCCUGUGGCGGGGCCAAUGGGAGGGGGUGUGGUUGGUGCCAUCAUCUACUUCCUGUUUAUCAAGAUGCACCACUCCCAUACCGAGAAACCUCAUGAGGAGCCGGAGGAAGAGGAAGAGGAGGAAGAGGAUGAUAACAGCCUGAAGGACAAGUAUGAAAUGAUCACUGUGAGCUAGAGACAGCAGGCUUCCCAGCGCCUGAGUGUAAUGCUUGUGACUGUGUUUACCGCAGCCCAUCUGCCGUCAUUGUUUCAGUUCCGUUUCA